AUGACCUGGGAGGCAGACGCGGGAGAAAUUGGAGUGCUGCAGUGUCAAGGAAACCAUUUGCUGACAGGCAGCAACUCCAGCCGUGUCAGGCUGUGGGAGGUCGGGGCUGUGCACGACAUGAGGCUUCUUGGAAGAUUCUCCAAUGAGGAACAUAGUGAGAAGGCCGUGUUGAUGAAGCAGGAGAUCCAGUUGGAUGGAACCAUCGUCGCUGCUGCAUUUGACACUUCAAUAGACAUGGGGAUCAUCGGCACCACAGCCGGCACUUUGUGGUACAUUAACUGGUCGGAAAACAGCAGCAUUCGUCUCGUCAGUGGACACAGGGCUGAGGUGAACGACGUGGUCUUCAGUCCUGAUGAGGAGUAUUUUGCCUCCUGCAGUGAAGACGGGAGUGUGAGAGUGUGGGCCACACGCAGCACAGAGCUGCUGGUGCAGUUCCAGGUGUUGAACCAGGCCUGUUGCUGCGUCUGUUGGAGUCCAUCUUUGAGCAGAGACGGCUUCCGUUUAGCAGCAGGAUACAGUGACGGGACUGUGCGGGUUUUCAAACUGACCUCUUCAGAGAUGGACAUGAAACUACGUCCACAUCAUGUGGAGGUCACUGCUGUUCAGUUCUCUGCCAAAGGUCACGUGAUCCUUUCAGCUGGAAACACAGGUGUGAUCACAGUCAGCAGCUCGGAGAACGGAGAGACCGUGCGCGUCCUCAAGGACCACAGAGGCGCCGCCAUUACCACCAUUCAGUGUGUGCAAAAGCAGGGAAGAGAGUUUGGACUGGAGGGGACUGAGGUGUGGCUGGCGGCGAGUGCGGACAGACGUGUCAGUGUCUGGGUUUCUGAUUGGAUGAGAGACAAAUGUGAACUUUUGGACUGGCUCACAUUUCCUGCUCCAGCUUUUACUGGUGAGGGUAGUCCCCCUCCAAGCCUGGCAGCCUUCUGUCCGUCAGAUCCUAGUCUUGUGGUCUACACUGGUUAUGGAGUAGAGAAAGAGUUGUCCUACUACAGUCUCUCUACAAAGCAGAUGAUCAAAAAGAUCGCCAUACCUCAUUGGGCCACAUGUUUCAGCCUUUCUCCAAAGAGUCAUUAUGUUGCGGUGGGAUCAAAAGAUUGUGUGAUGAAGCUCAUUGAAGCAAACAAUGGCAGAUUUCAGGACUUUGUGCUCAAUGACUCACUGCAGAAAUGUCACUUUUCUCCUUCUGGAUCUCUGCUCUUCACGGUGGCUCUUAAUGAGCUCCUGCUGUGGGAAGUUCAUUCAGGCUCAUUUUAA